AAGAAGUCGAGGCUGCAGGAGGCAGAUGCCUGCCUUGUGUGGUAGAUGUCCGAGAUGAGAAGCAAGUGACAUCGGCUGUUGAGGAGGCUGUAAAGAAAUUUGGAGGCAUUGACAUCCUCGUGAACAAUGCUAGUGCCAUCUCACUGACAGGUACCCUAGAUACUGAGAUGAAGAGAUACGACCUCAUGCAUCAGAUCAAUACUCGAGGCACAUUCCUUGCGUCAAAAGUUUGCAUUCCCUACCUGCAGAAAAGCAGAAACCCACACAUCCUGAACUUGAGUCCGCCCUUGAAUAUGGUUCCAAUCUGGUUUAAGAAUCACGUGGCUUACACCAUGGCUAAAUAUGGAAUGUCCAUGUGCGUUCUUGGCAUGGCGGAGGAGUUCAGGGAUGACGGAAUUGCUGUGAAUGCUCUGUGGCCUAGGACAGCAAUUUAUACAGCAGCCAUUGAAAUGCUUAGUGGCAAGGAUGCGGGAUCUGUAUCGCGGAAACCAGAGAUCGUAGCUGAUGCUGCGUACGCCAUCAUUUGCCGGGACUCAAGAGCUUACACGGGGAAUUUCGCUGUAGAUGAAGACAUUCUCAAAGAAGAAGGAAUAACAGAUAUGAACCAAUACGCUGUGGAUCCUUCCUCUAAAGAAGCCCUUAUGCUCGAUUUCUUUCUGGAGACGGGUCCGCAUACGAUGAAGAUUGCGCAGCAGAGCAGUGGGAGCGCUGCAGGAGACCAGAUAGCUUCUAUAUUUGAGAAGAUUCAAGCUAAUCUAAGCUCUGAAUUGGUGUCAAAAACCAAUGCGGUAUUUCAUUUUGCUGUGAAAGGUUCCGAGUCUGGCGACUGGUACGUCGACCUCAAGACGGGCAAAGGUUCGGCCGGCCGAGGGAAGCCUUCAUCGGCCGCUGAUGCGGUACUCACCAUGGAAACCAAGGACUUCUUUGACAUGUUUUCUGGAAAACUGAAGCCAGCAGGAGCAUUCAUGACGGGGAAGCUGAAAAUCAGUGGCAACCUGCAAAAGGCCAUGAAGUUGGAGAAACUAAUGGGGAUUCUGAAAUCAAAACUGUAAUAAUGCCGCCAUUUAACCGAGGUCGCCGGGAAAACGAACGCAGUCUCAUUUCUUGUCAAGGGAAGAAAGAAGAACGUGGUCCCCCUUGUUUACUUUGUGUCUUGAAAACACCAUUCUGCGACACUGAUAUGGUGUCGAGCUGAAGUUUUGGUGUUGUCUUGUCACUUACCGUCAUCUAGUGCAAGGACCAUAAUCUUCAGACAUUUUAUUUUUCUGUAAUUUUUUAUUAUAAUGGGAGAAAUAAUGAAAGACUGUAAUUGUACGUUGAGCGAUGACCGUUCUUUCACACCUACACAAACCUUUAUCGCUCGAGAUCAUGGCUUAUGCAUGAUCCACCUAACCAGCCAUUCUGCUAACCUGUUGACCCCGCUGGUAGCCCAGUAAUUUGGGGGUUUCAAUUUCCUCUUCUUGUAUAAUAAAGGUUAAUGAGGAGAAGUUAAUAAAAAUAUUAUUUUUA